GGCCCAUAUUGAACAAACCCAACCAGAAUCCGCAUCCUUAAAACCUGUGUAUACAAAAGCGCUCAGUCAGAUUACGGCUGUUUAAUGAAAAGAGAAACUUACAUUAAUUUACACUACGCUAACCCAACACCCCGGACCUGAUACACAGCGAGCGGAGGGUUACAGCCAAUGGUGUAUAGGUAUUAAGUAAAAAAACAUAUACGUUGUAAGGACCUCUCCCCCUAGUGACUAGUUUCUUGACCUCGAACUCGCGUAGUUCGUAACAAUUGCCGCAAGGAUCUUGUGUGUCUAUGAGUGUUUUUGGGUACGUGUAUGCGUGUGUCGGUGUAUAGGGUGUAUACAACUCGCUCCACCCCGCCCGCGCAACACGUAAAUCAUAAAUCGUAAAUAAUCCGGGGCAUUACAUCUUCAAAUCGCAGCUUCCAAGUGUUGUUAGAUAUGAUAGUAAACGGUUGUCCCAAUAGGAUGAAAUUGACCCAAGAGUCAUGAACUCAUCUCGAUGAGAGACCAGAAUAGGACAACCCUUAUAUUAACCACGUUACUCACGUUAUGAAACAAGCAACCAUACCUAAAUAUCAAGCCUAAAGUACGCUCACACAGCAAGAGAUUAAUAUAACAGCGUUACUACUAGGUUUAAAAGGGGCAAAAGCAAAUGCAUAACGCAAGGAGAGAAGAUUCACAAAACAAUAAAUCAUUAAUUAUAAAAAUCAAUAAAAAAAAAGCGAGAAGGAAAAUAAAACAAAAAAAACACGAAUUACUAAUAACUCACAAAGAGAACGAGAACGAGCCCAAAGUGGAAAAAAGGAAAAAAGGAAAUCGUUCCAUUGUGUAACCAAUGAUAGAGGUGUUAGCUAGCGGAUAGUAGAAGAGAAGGAGCAGUAUUGAGCAGUUUGACUCUUUGCAAAAACAGUCACCGUCUAAAUUAGAUUACCGUUUCUUAGUAGAUCAUCAUUCGCUCCGGGAAAAACCAACAAAAAAACCGAUCGUUGUCGGUCCGUGCAUAUACCAUACCAAUAUAUACAUUUAAACGAAUGAGCUCCACGGUUACGGAACAAGAAAGCUAGUGAGUAGGUGGCAGGGCCUGUUCCCAGUUGCCGCAGUUGUUAAUUGAGAUUUUUAUUCCGCCACAACCGCAGAGAUGGAGGAUGGAAGAAAAACUCGAAAUAACCCCAAAAAAAUAUAACAUAACAAGAAGAAGAAGAAAAAGGAAACAAUUUUCAAAUCUCUAGUGUUACGUUAUCGACCGAUUUCGUUUUAGAAAUGUUGUUUUGUUUGAUUUGAUUGAUUGCGCUCCUGUCACGUCUAACGGUACACACCCCUGCCCACCACGGCAGGAUGGUGGGUAUCCGGAUGGCAGAGCGAUUAAGAGUUAUACACCAACGGAGAAUCAAAGUUUAAAAAAGAAAACUUGGAAAAACCAAAGCACAAGCAAGAGGGGUAGCGAUGGGCAGCGGAUUUGUGUGUACAUAGGACAUGGACGGGGAAAAAACGCGAAGAAAGGAGAGGGGGGAGAGAAAGAAUGCGAUGGUGGAGUUUAUACAGUUGAUAAGGGUUUCGGUAAGGAUAAGAAUGCUUGAUGAUGAACAUUUUAAAAAAAUCAUUCGCUUGAGACACCCAGAAGAAGGCACUUUGAGGAAUCCCCACGAGCGGAUCACACUCACAAUCACAAUCUUACUCAACAACGAGCUAACUUUUGUGUUGUAUCUGUCUGUCUGACAUGUCUAGCAGCUUGUUUACUGAUUGUUCCUUUUUUAAGGGUCGUCCUCUAAAACAGCGAAGCGGAGAAGCUACGAAGUUUUUGGCGAUCAAAACUCAAACGGAUGAUGAUGAUGAUGAUGAGGAAGAUGGCGAUGAUCAACAAUAACGCAACGAAGCAAUAAAUGACAAUAGCAUACUUCAGCACUCCACGACAUCAACAUCCCUACGCUUCACUCUACAGCAUCUUCGUCUUGAGCGAAAGCGAUGAUUCAAUUAAGGUGGCAAAUCGUGACCAAAUCGGCCACAUACUGCAGCAGGGACCGCUGCUGCUUAUAACCUCAUUUUGGAUCCGAUUGCGAUGGCACUGGCUUGCUGUCUGUCUCGUUGAGGGUGGUCUCAUUGAGAGUAGUACAGCAAGAUUGGCUUCAAUUGCGAUCGUGCAAACGAAGUGUCUUGUAUCCAUCCCACUUUUGCCAUCCUGCAGUAGCAUGGAUGGCUGGAUAAUAUUGCGACAGCCUCGCCGAUCAGUACUUGCUCGGCGUGACCUGGCGGGGUACCCUCUGUUGUCCCACUACCUAAAGCGUUGCAUUAGGGUAUGCGGUACAAUAGUGAACUCAAAAGGCUUGGCGCCAUGGCUGUUAAUGCUGUCAAACGAAUAGGUUUUACGCCCAAAAACAUAACUCGCUCAGUGUACACGACAACUUUGCAACCUAAUUAGAUAACUCUUUAGUCAAGCCAUGAACGACAAUUGGCUCGAAACAGUGGCAAAUGUCAAUUACCUGUUAUUGUAACCUGUUUACUGAAGCAUGAGCAUGAUACGACUUACAAAACUACAAGCAUAACCACACGGUUCAAACCUCGGUUGGAUCGGUUAUUCGGAACUUCAAUUUUCAAUCAUCACGAUCGAAUAGCAUUUCUUGAAGAAAUAUACGAUUGUUUCGUUUAACUACCAGUUCUCGUUCGUUUGCCACGACCAUUGAUCCUGAGAGACGUUGUUACAACCAUUGCCAGUAAUAAUAAGUACACCGUUACUUCAUCUAUCUCACUCUCCUUCUCUCAGCAAUCAUGUAAGGGUGCAAUUGUGGGGGAUUAAAACCGAUCCUCAAUAGGAAAGUCUAUUUUAAAAUACGUGUGUCUACAAUAUUCGGAAGCAUCAUCAAUGAACCAUCUCGCCCCCGUUUCCUGUACGCCUAGAUCAAAUAUUAGCAAUAAAUCUAUUUGACAAACCGUAUAGCCAUUAUAAGGAAAACAUUUAAACAACAACGUUUCAUGCAACGUGCUUAGACAAACAGUUACAAUAUGCCGUGAAAGGUAGCGGAGGAAGCAAAACAUAAACCAAACAAGUAUGUGUCUGUAUAGUUCAAUAGUUAGUCAUUUCAAGAGGCAAACGAGCAGAGAACCAGUGAGUUGACAGAAAAAGAGAGAAAAUGGAUUUAAAAAAAAAUGACAACAAAUAAGAUGUAAAAGAUGAUAAUUUAAGAAAAAGAUUAACGACAAACGCUGGCGUGACUGAAACACACGGCAUAGUUUGUUAACAAAGUUGUUCGAUAUCGUUCUGUUUUUCCCGCUUGUUAUGUAGUAUAUAAAAAAAAGAAAAUUGCGAUAUUACAGAAAUGCCCAUGCCCAUUAAUCUAGCACUUAGUGAGAAAGCGAGAAAGAUAGUAUCCGGUGUAUAGGAUGCAUCGGGAGGUAUAACAACAGAAUAUAAAAACAAAAUACGCUCUGCCGAACUUGUGGAAGCAGAAUCGAAUUGUGUAGAGCAUGUCAAGAGUAAUGCGUGUAUAAGUAAGUCAUUGAGAACGACAUAAAAUCUUCCACUCUAGUAAGAUGGGCAUUCAUUGUUCGCUAAUCGUACCGAGGUCAAGCGGUACCUCGGCGAUCAACGAAAUUGCUUGAACACUAGUGAAGACGGCGCUAAGCAGCAGAGUAUCUCGAUCCCUUUGAGAUCGUGCGCAGUUUUCGUUGGUUUUCCAAAAACGUUACAGCAAUUGCUUUCAAACUCGAAGCACACACGACAAAGAGCAACAAUACCACUCAAUAUUGCCAAGGGGUCUAAUUAGUUAAUAAGAGCUAAAGCUGUAAGGGAGGGGUUGGAGCACGCUGAAGCAACCUUUAUGCUAGUUCGUGAGUACAAUUUCUUCCUUUACACUUCUCGAGCGAAAAAGCAACCAAAAAAUGAAACAGAAGCAAAUAACCGAAUGACUCUUAUUAUAACGCGUCGAAUUCGUCGUCUUAAUAACAUUUCUUCGAUCUGAAUUUACGUAGAUUAGUUUUACAAAUUGAAUCCACCAUUUUGCUAGCAUUUGACGUCAUUUUUCUCAGCCAUUAGGUUCCUAUAUUACGUGUGUCAUUUGAUAAAGCGGGUGUUAAAGGACAGGUUGAUUGAAAGAAUAAAGAAAAACGAAAGCGAAAGAAAAGAAAGAAGCAAAACUUUAAUUAACUCCAAUACAAUCAUGAUGUGCAACUCCGGAAGAAAAGGAAAGAUGUAAAAAAUGUAUUUCCACUCAAAAACACAAAAGUAUGUUAACAAGCAGCGUAAGGAAUGGAUACGCAGACAUAAGGGACAUAACAAAAAGAUAACAAAAGAAGAGAAACAGCGACACUACAAUAAAUUAAGAGAGAACGGAUUAGGCAAACAAAAUCUAAAAUAUUACCCAUUUAAAUCACGCUUGAAACCAAUCUAAAAGAAAAUCCUUAACAUAAAGAACAACAACGGACUCGCAUGCGCCAAUAGGCGUUGCUGCUCGAUUGCUGUGUAAUCAGUUAAAAGAGAUAUGUACUAUGUAGAAAGUUAGUUAGAAUUUUGUUAAAAUUAUAUUAAACCCUAAGACGAUCGACGUUUGAGAGAAAGUGAAAACCAACUACCAAAAUUUGAAAACCAAGCAAAAAACGCAUAAAGACAUUACAGCUGCAACAAUGAAUGAAGGAUGGAAAUUGGACGAGAGAAAACGGCAGAAAACCAAAACGCAAAACUAAUAACAAAAAUGAAACUGAGACAAAUUAAUAAAAUUUAUAGAAACAGAUUUGAAGGUUGUGUAAUUAUUUAGAGGAAUGAAAGGAAGAAGAACAAAAACCAAACAAAAAUAUGUAAUGUAUAUCAAGCAAAACAGACCGCAAAGCUGAUGUGAGCAGGUGUAAAAGUUACACAUAUGAACAUGAGCAGCUUAAUGAAGCAAACAACAGGUGAAUAGAGACGUUUAAUAGGGAAGAAACCAUAGGAGCAUAGCCGGGCCUCACUCGCUGGUACCAGCGUAUUGCCACGGUUUAGACGUUUCGCGAAAAGUAGAGCAGCUGAUCAUUGAAGAUCAGAGUGUACAUAAACAGAGUAAUAAAACC